AUGCUUAGCUUGCUGAGAGUUCAGAAUCGAUAUGCUGUGCGAGCACUUCAACUUCAACAGCUUGGGGUGAGGCUUUAUUCGGUGAAGAGCCCAAGAGUAAAGCGACCAGGAGCUUUUACUUCAAGUAGGCAAAAAGUGCAGCCGACACCUCCUCCACCUCCCCCAUCUCCCGUACCUACUACGGCUCCACCGAUUUCGACAAGUCCUCAAACAGUUAGUGAACCAAAAGUUGUUCCUAAAGAAGCGCAGCCUCAAAAGGCUUCGAUACCAGAACGUCCUGUGGAAAAAGAGCAAAAAAGAGCUCCUAAAACAGAAUAUAAGAAGAAGGAAGAUAAUAACAAUUCGUUCAACAGGAAAAACAAUAGAAGCAAUAAUGAUCGACAAAAUCUGAAAAAUAGCAAGCCAAAUUAUCCUCCUAAGAAGAAGAUUAUCAAGCCAGUUCAGAAAAAGACGGUCAUGAUUCCUAAGAGUAUAACACUGGCUAAUUUUUCGCAUGUCGUCAAUACCAAGUAUUCACAACUUGUCACUCUUAUGACGGAAAUGGGUUUUGAAAACCUGCGUCACGAUUAUAUUCUUUCUGAGUCUGAUGCAAAGAUGAUUGCUGAAGAGUUAGGCUUUGCACCAGUUAUCGACGAUACUCUUGCUCUUGAUAUUUAUCCUGCCCCGCCUCCAACUACUGAAGAACUUGCAAAAAUACCCUUCCGCCCCCCUAUUGUUACAAUUAUGGGACACGUUGAUCACGGUAAAACUACGAUUUUGGACUACUUGCGAAAGUCUUCGGUAGCAGCUGGUGAACACGGCGGUAUCACUCAGCAUAUUGGUGCAUUUUCUGUGAGGCUUUCUUCCAAUAAGGAGAUUUGUUUCUUGGAUACACCUGGUCACGCUGCAUUUUUGAACAUGCGUGAGAGAGGUGCCAAUGUUACAGAUAUUGUUGUUUUGGUUGUUGCAGCUGAUGAUUCUGUUAUGCCACAAACUAAGGAAGCAAUCAAGCACGCCCAAAACGCCGCAGUCCCCAUCAUUGUUGCAAUCAAUAAAUGCGACAAGCCAGAUGCAAAUCCCAAUAAAGUUGUUGAAGACUUGUCUGCUAAUGGAGUGGAUGUUGAGGAUUAUGGUGGAGAAACUCAGACAAUCCGUGUUUCCGGUAAAACUGGCAAGGGCAUUGAUGAUUUAGAAGACGCUAUUAUUACGCUCUCAGAAAUGCUUGAGGUAAAGGCUCCUAAGGUUGGCAAUGCUGAAGGUUAUGUCAUUGAAUCACAAAUCAAGAAGGGCCAGGGAAGCAGUGCCACAGUUCUAGUGAGACGAGGAACUCUUAAAGUCGGUUCCUAUGUUGUUGCUGGCCAGACAUGGGCCAAGGUCCGUAGCAUGAAGGACUCCAACGGUAAGACUGUUAAGCAAGCCGGGCCUGGUACACCAGUUGAAGUUACAGGUUGGAAAGAGCUUCCUGUUGCAGGUGACGAAAUGCUUCAAGCAAAGGAUGAAAAUCUGGCCAAGAAGGUUGCAGAAACACGAAUUGAGCGAGCCAAGAUGGAGAAGGAAGCGGAUGAAAUUAAUGUUUUAAACGAAAAAAGACUAAAGUUGCAUCAAGAGCAUGAAAAGGAGCUUAAGCGUCAAGAGCGCUUAAAAAUGGGUCUUUCUGCAGAGGUAGAAUCAGACUUUGUUGACACAUCUAAAGCAGAUGAAGCAGCUGGUCCAAUUGUUGUUCCAUUUAUCAUUAAGGCAGACGUUAGUGGUUCUGCAGAAGCAGUUGCAGAUAGUAUUCAGGGUCUUGGAAACGGAGAGGUACAAUCUUCGGUAUUGUACAAGGGAGUGGGUCCAGUCACAGACACGGAUCUGACGCGUGCGGAGACUGCUGGUGCAGUAAUUUUGACCUUUAACGUUGCAACUGACCGAGAUAUUUCGCACAAGGCCCAGUCCAAGCAUAUCAAGAUUGCAGAGCACAAGAUUAUUUAUAAGCUGCUAGAGGAAGUGACUGAGGAGCUUGCCAGCAAGCUGGAGCCUGAAAUUAAGCACAAGGUUUUGGGUGAAGCCAGUAUCAAGGAGGUUUUCAACAUUACGCUGAAGCGCUCUAAGAACAUGCAAAUUGCUGGUACGCGUGUUACCAAUGGUCUUCUAGCACGUAACGCAAAAGUCAAGGUGCUUCGCCAAAACGAGGUUGUCUAUGUGGGCAACUUUUCGUCGCUCAAACACUUUAAAGACGAAAUUGAGACUGCUAAGAAGGACACGGACUGUGGAGUUGCCUUUAAUAACUGGGAUAAAUUUGAAGUCGGUGAUGUUAUCCAAACGUUUGAGGAGAUUGUUAUCCCCAGACAUUUUUAG